AUGCAGAGGGACUUGAGUGACAAAGCAAGUCGAAGAUCACAAGCUUACAUAGCGGCAUCUGAAGGGAGGUCUCUGGAAAUUUUAUGCGAGUUUUGGAGAGAAGAAGGUGUUUCUCCGAUGGAUAAUCGGGGUGAUACCAUUCUUCACUUUCUAGCAAUCCAUGGUAACUUGGCGGGUUUCGAGAUUCUUGAUUCUAAUUUGAGCAUUAAAGAUUUGGAAAUUAGGAAUAGUAAUGGAGAUACACCAUUGCAUGAAGCUGCAAAAUUUGGUAAACAAGAUGUGGUGGAGAUGAUUUUGAAGAAGGAGAAGGAGUUAGUUUUUAUGCGCAACAACUUAGGUGAGACACCACUUUACGUAGCCGCGGCAAGUGGAGAGAAAGAUGUAUUUACUCUUCUGGCAAAUUGUGAUUUUAGUGAGGUAACUAUGAAGAGGAAUGAUGGUAAAACUGUUCUUCAUGCAACAGUAGCCCAUAAUUGUUAUGAUCUAGCAAUAUAUAUUGUGAAUCAAUAUCCUGAACUUGUUAACCAACGUGAUAAUGAGAAAAUAAGUGCUUUGAAUGUGUUGGCUACAAAGCAAUUAUCAUUCAAGAGUGGAUCUGAUUAUUUGUUUGAAGAAAUUGGGAAGACACCUUCUGUUCCUGUUCAGAUGAUUGAAACUAUGAUCUAUUCUUGUAUUCCUCCUUUGUAUACACAAGCUAGCACCAAAAUUGUCAGCAGAAAAAGGUUUUUAUUUACCAAUUUUGUGUUAGGUAAUUUCUGGUUACAAGUCAUUGAUGAAGCAAAGCAAAACCAUGUUCUUGCUCUAAUAUUAGCAAAAAUGUUGCUGGAAAAUUAUGAUUGGAGCUAUAAUACUGAUUACAUUGUGCCAAAUCCACUAAUACAAGCAUCAAAUCUCAAAAUCAAUGAGUUAGUUGUUGAAAUUUUGGAAAUUUACCCUGAAGUUGUUGAGACAUUGGAUGAACAAAAGAGGAACAUAUUGCAUAUAGCAGUGGAACAUAAGAAUAGAUUUUUGUUUGAUUAUUUGGUCAAAAAAGUGGCUCAUAUAGAAAGGAUGUUGGCUGAUAUUGAUGAAGAAGGGAAUACAAUAUUGCAUUAUGCAGCAAAUGUUGGGUCACCAUUUAGGACAUCAAGUUCAGAGCAUUUUGAGGAAGUGUGGUGUGUAUUGUCUGUGUUCAUGAUGAUGUGGGGGAUUCUUUGGUUUAAGCACGUAAAAUACCACGUACAUCCACGCCUAUGGGACGUUAAAAACUCCAAAGGUGUAACAGCAGAAGAACUAUUCGAAAAAAACCAUCUACAAAUACGAAAAGAAGCAGAGGACGCGAUUAGAAACCUCGCGAAUUCAGCUCUGAUACUUGCUACUCUCCUCUGCACAGUCAAUUUCGCCGCGAUUUUCACAGUUCCUGGAGGAUUUGAUCAGAAAACUGGCCUACCAAUUCUCCUCCAAAAUUUGAAACGCGAACUAUUGAUGUUGAUAUUUUACUUAGGUGCAGCACUUAUAAGUUCAGUAGUCACAAUAGGUACAUUGCUAUCAUUUAUUCUUUGCAAAUUUCAUAGUGAUGAUUUUUACAUUUCUUUGCCUAUAAGGGUCAUAAUUGCUAUGGUUUCAGUAUUUUAUGCCACAACAUUUUCAGUUUUGGCAUGUGUGCAAACACUAAAUCUUGAUAAUAUUUUUUUGAACAAAGAUGUAUGGUGGCUAAUUAUAGUUAUGGUAGUUGUUGGAUUUAUUAUGACCCUUAUUUAUAUAGAUUUAGCAUUUCCAAUUUUUGAUUAUUUGUAUUAUUUUGUUUCUUAUUCAUUUAUAUCCAAUAAGAGAGGAGUUAUGUAA